GAACCUACGCCUGCAUCUCAAGCAGACGACCUAACGAUUCCAAUCUGCCGAGAGGGAAGAAGACUGUAUCUUCCCCUGGACAGGAAGCAUCAGCCCUCGACAUGGACAACACAACAGAAUUGGCCAUGACCCCUGUCAAUAACAACUUCACCAACAGCAACUGUUCCCGUGACAACGUGCUGAAGACGGUGGUGUUUCCUGUUCUCUACUCCCUCCUCUUCCUGUUGGGCCUGUCCCUCAACGGCCUGGCAGUGUGGGUGUUCUUCAGCAUCCCCAGCCGCUCCCACUUCAUCAUCUACCUCAAGAACAUUGUGGUGGCCGACGUCCUCAUGACCCUCACCUUCCCCUUCAAGGUGCUGUCUGACUCCAACAUGGCAUCAGUGGGUCUGCGUGUCUUUGUCUGCCGUGUCUCCUCUGUGCUCUUCUAUCUCACCAUGUACAUCAGCAUCCUCUUCUUCGGCCUCAUCAGCAUCGACCGCUGCAGGAAGACCCUCCAGCCCUUCAAGGUGACCAACAUGGCCCGUCUGACCCACAGAAAGCUGCUCUCUGUGGCUAUCUGGGCCUCCCUGCUGACCCUCUCCCUGCCCAACAUGAUCCUGACCAGCCACAGCCCCACCUCGGCCUACUUCAAGUGCAGCGCUCUUAAAACGGAGGCUGUGCUCUGGCACGAGGUGGUCAACUAUGUGUGCCAGAUAAUCUUCUGGGGGAACUUGGUGACAGUGAUAGUGUGUUACACACUCAUCACCAAAGAGCUGUACAGUUCAUACGCCCGCACCAGGGCAUGCCGUUCUACUGGAGCCAUACACAACGCUGGUACUGGCGGGGGUAAUGUUGAAGGGCAGCGCCAGCCCCGGAGGAAGAGUGUAAGUUCAAAUGUCUUCCUGGUGCUGGCUGUGUUCUUUGUGUGCUUCGUGCCGUUCCACUUCUCCCGCGUGCCGUACACCCUGAGCCAGACGAGGGUACACAUGUUUGACUGCAACCUCAAGCUGUUCUUCUUCCAGCUGAAGGAGAGUACACUCUGGCUGUCCUCCCUCAACUCCCUCCUGGACCCUCUCAUCUACUUCUUCCUCUGUAAGUCCUUCAGGACCACCCUGUUCAAGACCCUCCGUCUCCCACCUGGGACCUGCAGCUGGCUCACUGGGAGGGGGUCCGAUCCCAACACAGCGGAGGAUCAGACCCAAACACAGGAGACUCCCCUGGGAGACACAUCUAUUAUGUGAUCUAUCUGUAUUUAGGUAAUAGGUAACUAAAACUCUGUUCUAUCUAUGUAUCAUGAAGAUCUGAUGAAUGUUUCACAGAGGAUCAUACUGCCCUCUCCUGGAAGGUUGACUAAACUGAACUGUGUGUUCAUUAAAAUGCCUGGGCAAUGGGAACAAUCAAUGUAAACUUCCAAUGAGAAACAAUAUUUUAGCCAGUGAUGAUUAUGAUAAUAUGCAGAGCAGCUGUUCCAGUACAGCAAAUGCUUGAUGUUUGUUACACCAGUCUGUUACACCAGUCUGAUACACCAGUCUGUUACACCAGUCUGUUACACCAGUCUAAUACACCAGUCUGAUACAUCAGUCUGAUACACCAGUCUGAUACACCAGUCUAAUACACCAGUCUAAUACACCAGUCUAAUACACCAGUCUGUUACACCAGUCUGAUACACCAGUCUGAAACACCAGUCUAAUACACCAGUCUGAUACACCAGUCUGAUACACCAGUCUGAUACACCAGUCUGUUACACCAGUCUAAUACACCAGUCUGAUACACCAGUCUGUUACACCAGUCUAAUACACCAGUCUGAUACACCAGUCUGUUACACCAGUCUGUUACACCAGUCUGUUACACCAGUCUGAUACACCAGUCUGAAACACCAGUCUAAUACACCAGUCUAAUACACCAGUCUAAUACACCAGUCUGUUACACCAGUCUGAAACACCAGUCUGUUACACCAGUCUGAUACACCAGUCUAAUACACCAGUCUGAUACACCAGUCUGAUACACCAGUCUGUUACACCAGUCUGAUACACCAGUCUGUUACACCAGUCUAAUACACCAGUCUGUUACACCAGUCUGUUACAGUCAGUAGAAAUGUUAUAACACCCUCUAAACAUCACCGUAACCUCAUGCCAAGGAACUCACCUCAGGUCUCCCUGUCUUUCUCGUAACAGCUUAGUUCCCUACACUGGCAUUCUGCUUUGACUUCAUCACUGUUUUGGCCUAGGAACUGACCUAAGAGACAUACGUCCCUCCCCCUGUAAUUAUGUAUAACCAUGGCACAGUGCUUAUGGCUGUCGUGUACAGGAUAGAGUCAGCAAAACGUUCUUUACAGCAUAAAAAUGUGACAUGUGACAUGUUUUUUUCUCUUCUAUUAAAUUAUUCAUCAAUAUAUAAAAACCGUUCUUCAACACAUCAAAACGAUAUCUAAGGGAUAAAUCUCCUGAUUUCAGACGAUUAGCUGAAAGCUAGCCGUUCUGUAUGUCAGACAUUAUACAACCGAUUUAACAUAUGGUCUAUGGGGAGGUGACAGGGUGUAGCCUGUUGCUGCAGUGGCGGAUUGGCUAUCGGGCAAUUUUGGCAAAUGCCAGAUGGGGUGGACAAUUUUUGUUGUUGGGUGUGCUGGUAGAAAUUGACACAAGCACAAAAAAAUUAUAUAUAUAUACAUGUUUUAAAACGUGACAUGGCCAGCGGCCCAUGGGCCUGAUAAGAUAUUUUUUUAAUGUUUUUUGCACAAUUUCUGUUUUAUACUAAUCUACAGGUAACUGCCCAAAUGAUGGAAACACUUGAGUACAUGAGGGAUACAAAUUAUAUUAAA